CCCCGCCCCGGGAGGAAGGGGAGGAGGCCGAGUGUUUCCUGGCGCAUUCCCGGCCAGCCCGAGUGACUCACUCAGCCAAGGAAACUCCCAGGGCCCGCCCAGGACCCCCAAGCCGCCGCGGACCCAGCCCAGGAUGGCGGCCCAGGUGACGCUGGAGGACGCGCUGUCCAACGUGGACCUCCUGGAGGAGCUGCCCCUGCCCGACCAGCAGCCCUGCAUCGAGCCCCCGCCAUCCUCGCUGCUCUACCAGCCAAAUUUCAACACUAACUUUGAAGACAGAAAUGCAUUUGUUACUGGCAUCGCAAGAUACAUCGAACAAGCCACCGUCCACUCUAGCAUGAACGAGAUGCUGGAGGAGGGCCAAGAAUAUGCUGUCAUGCUGUACACCUGGAGGAGCUGCUCCCGGGCCAUCCCACAGGUGAAAUGUAAUGAGCAGCCUAACAGAGUGGAAAUUUACGAGAAAACCGUGGAGGUUCUGGAGCCUGAGGUCACAAAACUGAUGAAUUUUAUGUACUUCCAGAGAAAUGCCAUUGAGCGUUUCUGUGGGGAGGUGAGGCGCCUGUGCCACGCCGAGAGGAGGAAGGACUUCGUGUCAGAAGCCUACCUGAUCACACUGGGCAAGUUCAUCAACAUGUUCGCCGUGCUGGACGAGCUGAAGAACAUGAAGUGCAGUGUGAAGAACGACCACUCAGCGUACAAGAGGGCUGCUCAGUUUUUACGUAAAAUGGCAGAUCCACAGUCCAUCCAGGAAUCGCAGAAUCUGUCCAUGUUCCUGGCCAAUCAUAACAAGAUCACACAGUCUCUGCAGCAGCAGCUCGAAGUGAUUUCUGGCUACGAAGAGCUCCUGGCAGACAUCGUGAAUCUGUGUGUGGAUUACUACGAGAACAGGAUGUAUUUGACGCCCAGUGAGAAACACAUGCUUCUCAAAGUCAUGGGAUUUGGUCUGUACCUGAUGGAUGGGAGUGUCAGUAACAUCUAUAAGUUAGAUGCCAAGAAAAGAAUAAACUUAUCCAAAAUUGACAAGUACUUCAAGCAGCUCCAGGUGGUUCCACUAUUUGGGGACAUGCAAAUAGAACUGGCAAGAUACAUCAAGACCAGCGCCCACUACGAGGAAAAUAAAUCUCGAUGGACGUGCACAUCCUCCGGCAGCAGCCCUCAGUACAACAUCUGCGAGCAGAUGAUCCAGAUCCGUGAGGACCACAUGCGCUUCAUUUCGGAGCUGGCACGCUACAGCAACAGCGAGGUGGUCACGGGCUCGGGCCGCCAGGAGGCCCAGAAGACGGAUGUGGAGUACCGCAAGCUCUUCGACCUGGCGCUGCAGGGCCUGCAGCUGCUGUCGCAGUGGAGCGCGCACGUGAUGGAAGUGUAUUCCUGGAAGCUUGUGCACCCCACCGACAAGUAUUCCAACAAGGACUGCCCCGACAGCGCCGAAGAGUACGAGCGCGCCACACGCUACAACUACACCAGCGAGGAGAAGUUUGCCCUAGUGGAGGUGAUUGCCAUGAUCAAAGGCCUGCAGGUGCUGAUGGGCAGGAUGGAGAGCGUGUUCAACCACGCCAUCCGGCACACCGUCUAUGCCGCACUGCAGGACUUCUCCCAGGUGACCCUCAGGGAGCCGCUGCGGCAGGCCAUCAAGAAGAAGAAGAACGUCAUCCAGAGUGUCCUGCAGGCCAUCAGGAAGACCGUGUGUGACUGGGAGACAGGGCACGAGCCCUUCAAUGACCCAGCCUUGCGGGGCGAGAAGGACCCCAAGAGCGGCUUCGACAUAAAAGUGCCACGCCGCGCCGUGGGACCCUCCAGCACUCAGCUUUACAUGGUGAGAACCAUGCUAGAGUCCCUCAUUGCAGACAAAAGUGGUUCCAAGAAAACCUUGAGAAGUAGCCUUGAGGGGCCCACCAUAUUGGACAUAGAAAAAUUUCAUCGAGAGUCAUUCUUCUACACUCACUUGAUAAAUUUCAGUGAAACGCUGCAGCAGUGCUGUGACCUUUCGCAGCUGUGGUUCCGAGAGUUCUUCCUGGAGCUGACCAUGGGCAGGAGGAUCCAGUUCCCCAUUGAGAUGUCAAUGCCCUGGAUCCUGACAGACCACAUCCUGGAGACCAAGGAGGCGUCGAUGAUGGAGUACGUGCUCUACUCCCUGGACCUGUACAAUGACAGCGCCCACUACGCGCUCACCAGGUUCAACAAGCAGUUCCUCUACGACGAAAUCGAGGCGGAGGUGAAUCUAUGUUUUGACCAAUUUGUUUACAAGCUAGCAGACCAGAUAUUUGCCUAUUAUAAGGUUAUGGCAGGAAGUUUGCUUCUUGAUAAACGGUUACGAUCAGAAUGCAAGAAUCAGGGAGCCACGAUCCACCUCCCGCCGUCUAACCGCUACGAGACGCUGCUGAAGCAGAGGCACGUGCAGCUCCUCGGCAGGUCAAUAGACCUCAAUCGUCUGAUCACCCAGCGUGUCUCAGCAGCCAUGUAUAAGUCCCUAGAACUGGCGAUUGGACGAUUUGAAAGUGAAGAUUUGACCUCCAUAGUUGAGCUGGACGGCCUGUUGGAAAUCAACCGCAUGACCCACAAGCUGCUGAGCCGGUACCUGACGCUGGACAGCUUCGACGCCAUGUUCCGGGAGGCCAACCACAACGUGUCAGCACCCUACGGGAGGAUCACCCUGCACGUCUUCUGGGAGCUCAACUAUGACUUCCUGCCCAACUACUGCUACAACGGCUCUACCAACCGGUUUGUUCGGACAGUGUUACCAUUUUCUCAGGAAUUUCAAAGAGAUAAGCAGCCUAACGCACAACCUCAAUAUCUGCAUGGAUCCAAGGCUUUGAACUUGGCCUACUCCAGCAUUUACGGCAGCUACCGGAACUUUGUGGGACCUCCACACUUUCAAGUCAUCUGCCGGCUCCUCGGCUACCAGGGUAUCGCCGUGGUCAUGGAGGAGCUGCUGAAGGUCGUCAAGAGCCUGCUGCAAGGCACAAUCCUGCAAUACGUGAAGACGCUGAUGGAGGUGAUGCCCAAGAUCUGCCGCCUGCCCCGGCACGAGUACGGCUCUCCCGGAAUCCUGGAGUUCUUCCACCACCAGCUGAAGGACAUUGUGGAGUACGCAGAGCUGAAGACGGUGUGCUUCCAGAACCUGCGGGAGGUGGGGAACGCCAUCCUCUUCUGCCUGCUCAUUGAGCAGAGCCUGUCUUUAGAAGAAGUGUGUGACCUGCUGCAUGCGGCUCCCUUCCAGAACAUCUUGCCGCGAGUCCAUGUGAAAGAGGGGGAGAGACUUGAUGCCAAAAUGAAAAGACUAGAAUCAAAGUACGCCCCGCUGCAUCUUGUCCCACUGAUUGAAAGACUGGGGACCCCUCAGCAAAUUGCCAUCGCAAGAGAGGGGGACCUGCUGACAAAGGAGCGCCUCUGCUGCGGCCUGUCCAUGUUUGAGGUCAUCCUAACACGGAUCCGGAGCUUUCUGGAUGAUCCCAUCUGGCGCGGGCCUCUGCCCAGCAAUGGGGUCAUGCAUGUGGACGAGUGUGUGGAGUUUCACAGACUGUGGAGUGCCAUGCAGUUUGUCUACUGCAUUCCCGUGGGGACACACGAGUUCACAGUCGAGCAGUGCUUUGGUGAUGGGCUACACUGGGCUGGCUGUAUGAUCAUCGUACUUCUUGGGCAGCAGCGGCGUUUUGCUGUGCUGGAUUUCUGCUACCAUCUACUUAAAGUCCAGAAACAUGAUGGCAAAGAUGAGAUUAUUAAAAAUGUGCCUUUGAAGAAGAUGGUGGAGAGAAUUCGCAAGUUCCAGAUUCUCAAUGAUGAGAUAAUCACCAUCCUGGAUAAGUACCUGAAGUCGGGCGACGGGGAGGGCACGCCAGUGGAGCACGUGCGCUGCUUCCAGCCGCCCAUCCACCAGUCCCUCGCCAGCAGCUGAGGGCACGCGCUGCACUCCGUAACUCAACAUGGCAUGCCUUUCUCUCUGUAAACUAUUUAGUGAGAUUUUUAGGGACUAUUUUUCAGUAUCUCUGUACCUGUUAAAGGGGGUGCUUUUCAAUCUAAAAGCUUAAUUUUAUAAAAUUGACUUAUUUUUCUAGACUAAAAUUGUAUAUGCUUUUGGUAAUUAGGAACUCUUGAGAAUAUUGGCUGCUGAUUGUUGCCAUCACGUUCUUACAAAAUUGUUUUUCUAUGGGAUGUUCUGGCAGCUGUGUCAUAAAAUGCUGCUGGGUUCAUUCAUUCAUUCCGUAAGAAACUUAAUACCAGCAAAUGCAUUAAAUCCUUUGCCAGUUACCAUUAACUGUAACUAUUUAGCUUUUGUUUAGGGAUCUUUCUGAUGGUCUUUUAUGAGCAAUCUUAGUUCUAAGACAUUGUUCCCAUCCCUUUUUUGUGUGUUUCGGAAAAUAGUGAACUUGAUUCCCCUGCUUCCACUAAAUCCAGUUGUGACAAAAUCUAACGUGACAUCAGAUCGAAAGGUUAUAGAAAUAAAACUAAUGAGAUCUAUUUGUGUUCAUUUAUUUACUAUAACCCUGUGCUGCUUGGCUUGGCAAGGACCUCUAAUUAACCUGAGCUCACAUACCCGGCCAGCUCGGAUGUAGGUCACCUCUAAGGCUGAGGUGGGGUGGGACUGUGACACCAUCCCAUAUGCCACUCACCUCACCAGCACAGGUUUAGCUUUAUAUUUAGGGUUCCGCAGGCAAAUGAGGUGUAAAACGGCCGUGUUGGCUGCUCCAAUCUGGAUGUGAAGAGGCUACUCAGUGCCUGUUACCUGUGCCCAUGACCUGGAGGAGGCCAGGCCCAGUGGGUGCUGCACAAAGGGACUGGGAGCACUGAGUCCAGCCUUCAGCUGUCCCCGAUCCACAGGGGACAUGGCUGGAGCUGGUCCACAUGAUCUGUCAGAAUGAAAAACAAUCGGUCUAGACUACCAGUAGAGUCAUGAACAUGUUUGAGAAACUGAAGCCAUAUUUUAAAAAGUAUUAAGGCAAUGAGGUUCUGAAAAUCCUAACUAACUGAAUGGAAAAAAAUGUUAUGCCUGUUUAUUGUAAAUGAAUACUACAGAUAAACACAGGUCCAGCAUGAUUAACUGAACUCACUUUAUAUUGUAGCCUGGCAGUCAUUUUACAUUAUUUGGAGUAUUGCAGCCUUCAUCAAUUUUAAAAUUUUAUAUGGAUGCCAAGUUGCCAUAAAAAGCAGGCCUCGCCUGCUUUUCCAGAGGCCUUUGGAAGCUGUCCAGAAGCAUAUGAUGCACGGCACAAAAAAGAAGUAAGUGUAUGAACCAUCCUGUUGUACUGCCAAACUCAAGUGACAUGAAGCCUAAAAGAAUUAUUCUUUCUUUAUAAAAAGUUCCCUAAAAAUGCUUUUGGUAAUGUGAAUUAAUAACCCUGGGGCCAGCAUUCUGCUGCAGAUUUAGAGGUGGUAGCUGUGCUUAUCUUAGAAACUACAGAAUAGGAUGAAAAAUUAUUGUAAUUUAAUUACCAAGUAAGUUUUAUAAAGCUUAAUUAUACACCAAAUAUGUAAUACCUUAAGUGUAAGACAAUCCAUCUCGAGUGCUAUAAAAUGUUAAUUAAGAAUCUGUUAUUAAUUAACCUAUGCAUGUUCAACGAGUCUCUGUCCUCAAGCGGGAGAAAACUGGUUCUUUUAUGUACAAAGGACAGAUGUAGGUACAGUAUAUAAGUACAUCUGUAGUAUUAAAAUGGCAUGGGAGGAGGCAGUUAGUUAGAAAAAAAACAUCUAAAACAGCUCCUUAGGAGGCCAAUAAUAAGGUUGGAAAAAAGGGAGUUUCCAUACAGCCAGUGGUGAUCUGCAUGGGAUACCAGCACCAUCGGCAGGGGAGGCCCUCGGGGAGUGAUGGCUUGGCGCUGGCGCACCACUGGGUAACCUCCAGGCAGGAGCCACAGGCUGGAACAGGCGAACACUUUCUUCCCAUCACCUGGGUGGAAAUUAAUUAAUUCUGCCAAUACUUUUUUUUUUAAAGGCCAGUCGACGGUUAUGUGUGUGGAUAGGUUCAAAGCUGGAUGGAGUUCAGUAGACCUUUUUUAUUAUUCUACCUUUUCUGCAUUAUGUUUGCAAUUUUCCAUCAUCAACUUCUUCAUAAACAAACAUUUUCUAGAAACCAAAAUAUGUAGUAGCCCAAAGGAGCUCUUAAGCAAAGUACUUGGUACAAAGAGACCAUAUUCUGUAAACAAACAUUUUAAGUUUGUUCUAAGCAUUCAGACUUUUAGAAUAAGAACAUUUCAACUUUUUAUUAUAACAUGAGCUAAAUUUAAGAAAUAACCCUAGUCUUCUAUUUCCCAGAGCUGUUCAAAGUCUAAAUGACAAUAUAACUCAUUAUGAAAAUAUACUGAAAAGUACAAGAGCUGAUGUAAAACGGUAAUCAAGGUUCCGCGCAUCAUGGAAUUAGGGUAACUGACGAAUAAACCCAGCCAGGCUGCAACAGCAGGCAGGAUGUGCUGGCUUGAUGAGGUGCUAAGAAGGCCAUCGAAUGCACAGAGGAAGCCGGAUUCACGGUGAUCAUCUCAACCUGAGAAAUCGUUCCUUGGGGUGGUUUCUGCUCUUUUUUUGGUUUUGUAAGAGUUUCCUUCAUUCACUAACUUAGUUUUCCCUUAAUAUUUCAAAAAUAAAACCAAUCAUCAAACAGGAGCCACUUUUAUAGGUAAGGUAAAUCACAGGAUAAUGUAUUGGGAUAACUCUUGUUUUU